AUGGACACCGCAUCUGGUAUAGUGAGUGACCUUGUGGUCCAAAGUGUUAGUCAGGGGGUCGCCCCGAUCACGCUGACCAGGCCUUGGGGGUCGUUGCGUGGAGGCGGCAGCGCAGGGGGUGGUGGUGGUGGGCUGUGGACAGUGGCAGGCCCAGGGGUUGGAGCAUGGCCGUGGGGGGGCCGCAUCCCGUCCUCCACCCUGCACCGGGAAAGGCGCUGGGGCUGGGGCUCCUGGGGGUCCUGGGGUGGGGGUCCUUCCAGGGGAGCCCCCAGACUCGCCGAGCUCAGGCCUUGGCUGAGCGGAGGGACGGUCCAGGCGGCUGGAGGCGGAGGUAGCUCUGUGGUAGGAGGCGGGGCGGAGAAAGGAGGCAAGGCGAGAUGUUCCCGCAGGGUCUGGGUCCUCCUUGGCUCGCUGGUUCUCGUCUUCCUCACCUCCCUCUUCUUCUCCGUCUCGCUCCGCGGGGGCGUCGGCUUCAACUACCUGGAGCCGCCCGGGUGGGAGGAGUCGAGGCGGGUGAAGCUAGUGCCCAGCUACGUGGGCGCGCACAGGCUGUCGCCGGCCGAGACCUCGCAGCCGAAGACAUGUGCUUGUCCGCGCUGCGUCGGAGACCCCGGCGUUUCCGAUUGGUUCGAUGAGAACUACGACCCGGAUAUCUCGCCCGUUUGGACCAGAGACAACAUCCAGCUGCCCUCUGAUGUCUACUACUGGUGGGUGAUGUUACAGCCCCAGUUUAAACCCCACAGCAUCCAGCAGGUGCUGCUGAGGUUGUUCCAGGUGAUUCCUGGAAGGUCGCCGUACGGCUCGUGGGAUCCAGGACGCUGCCUGCGCUGCGCCGUGGUGGGGAACUCCGGAAACCUCCGCGGGGCCGAAUAUGGAGCGACCAUUGACGGACACAACUACAUCAUGAGAAUAAACCUGGCCCCCACAGUGGGCUACGAAGAAGACGCCGGCAGCCACACCACUCACCACUUCAUGUACCCGGAGAGCGCCAAGAAUCUGGCAGCCAACGUCAGCUUCGUCCUGGUUCCCUUUAAGACGCUGGAUCUCGUCUGGAUCACCAGCGCUCUGUCCACCGGCCAGAUUCGAUUCACCUACGCUCCUGUGAAGCAGUUCCUCCGUGUAGAUAAAGACAAGGUCCAGAUCUUCAACCCAGCAUUCUUUAAAUACAUCCACGACCGCUGGACCAGACAUCAUGGGCGCUACCCCUCCACUGGCAUGCUUGUACUGUUCUUUGCCCUGCAUGUCUGUGAUGAGGUGAAUGUGUUUGGCUUCGGGGCAGACAGCAGGGGAAAUUGGCACCACUACUGGGAACAGAACCGCUACUCCGGAGAGUUCAGGAAGACCGGCGUCCAUGACGCAGACUACGAAGCCCAGAUCAUCCAACGGCUGGCCAAGGCUGGCAAAAUCACUGUAUUCCCAGGAAAAUAACCAGCAGAUCACCCUGUAUAUCUAACGUUCCAACUCUGGUACGGGAACAGACACUAUAGAGGCUGCUUAGAACGUGUUAGAUAUCCUCGCAUUCCCUUACCUGCACCAGUUUGGGUUCCCAGGUUGAAGUAAACCGAAUGCUUACAGAAGGCGAGACGAAACGGUUCACGAAAUGGUACCAAACAAUGCUAUUCCAUUCACUUUCCCUUAUAGACCCCACCAGAAGAGGCUCUGAUUGGAGAACAUGGAGGAACCAGGAGCAGGGAACAUGUAGAUCCAAACGUAGUUCUGCUCACUAGAGAGUAAUUGGCUCUUAGUUUUCAAGGUUAUACCACUAAUGUCCAGAGAGGGACCACAUAUCUUUUUCCAGGGGCAGCUUCAACUCAGGAGUGAAAAACGAGUGAAAGCCUGUCAGCAGGAAAACAACCCAUCACCACAAAUACAGACAUUGGCUGUGUACAGCGCCGAGAGAGAGACAGAUAUAUAUAUCCCGCUUCUAACAAAAAUUCAGUAUGCAACGUACUGAAACUGCACCGUCGGCAUCUAGUAGACGACUGUUCUACAGCAGUGUGAUGUCAGACAGAAACAAAUAGUGUUUAAACUCACAGUUCUUCACCUUCUAAGCACGAGAUACUGUACUGUACUGUACUGUACUGUAGGCCUCCAGACAAGAUUGACACUACGGACACAAACUGGAGCUGUCAGAAGCCAGAGUGCUGUUGAACAUUUUGAGACUCGAGGACUAAUUUUCCAUCUCUUACAUCUCCUGGGCCGUGACUUCCUUGAGAAAGAAUUGAUCUUCUCAAGUCCCAUAUGCGGCCAAGCCUCACUUUCCACUUUUCACUGUCACAAGGACUUUGUCUGACGGUGAUGGGUUGUAAAAAACGCUUGGUUGUAAGACUGUAGGCGAUUGAUGUGAGUUUAUAUCGUGCGACUGUCCUCGACACCUUGCAGCAGACGCACAGAAAUGGGAUCAAGGCUUUUGCCUUGUGGCCAUUCGGACUCUGACAGAUGACUGCAGCACUAGCAUGAGCCUCGGCGUCUGGAGAGCCAGCUAACCUGGUUUUACACACCACGGCAAACCGCAUGCCCAUGCUACAGUCUCUAUUCACAUCCAGACACAGGGAGGAGCGUUGGUUUGACUCCGUGAUGCCUAAUGAGGCCGAAAGUCCGUCUCCUGUGAUUUCAUGUUUGGAUGGAGGCACGCUGGAUCUGGACCGGGCGUUUCAUCCCCAUGUGGUCUGUCAGGUUCUAAUUUGGGAGACGAGGACUGUAGACAGAGAGCCGGGGCACGAAGCACCAGUUUGACAAAGGCAGCAUGAGAAACGCAUCAUUUGCUGCUGGGUAAAUAGAUAAGACGUUGGUCCACUGUUUAUAUGCAGCAAACUCGCGCUUCUACACAAACUGUACUGGGUUCACCACUUUGGUUUUGAAAGGACUGAAAUGAAAACAGACCUCGCACUGAUUCUUUUCCUUUUCACAGACCUGACUCCUGCAUCCCUGUGGGAUUAGAGACUGUCUGGAGCAUUUCGCCCCAGAUUAAGGCCCCAUAUGAUGGGGUGAAAGAAAACCCCACUAGCCCUGGUCCCCCGCUCAGCCAAUUCAAACUUCAGCUAUAUCUGGAGGAGGGUGGAGCCACCAGACGCCUUAGACUUCACCUUCGUACCGCAUAAACUGCACUUCCUGUUCUGAUUUUCAUGUUGAUGGCAUAUUAUACCCACCAGACUGCAGAUUUCAUUUCUUAGUUGUAUGUGCUGUUUAGCCUUGAGUUUAUCCAUUGGCUGGAUUUAUAUUAUUGGCUCAGACUAGAUUUUCUUUUCCACCCUCGUUUAUGUUUUUUUAUCAUGAUUUGGUAUCUUCAAAUAACGCCAUUUACACCCUUUAUAGCCUCCAUUGUUGGUUAUUUAUGUCUUUAACAAGGAGGCCCAAAAUAGUCAUUAAAGUGCUGCUAAAAAAUAUAUGAAAAACAGAAGCGUCGGUGGAAGACAGAAUGUGUGCCACAGAGAGGAAGGAAAGUAUUUGGUUUGACUUGAGGCCGUAAAUCCAUCCAAAGAUGCUGUGACGGAGUUGUGUUUAUCAAUCAGAUGGUGGCUGAUGAAGUACUUGUGGUUCCUACACAGGUCUGGACAAUAUGGAGAAGCAGGUGAUUGAAUAAGUCUUUCAGGGUGCAACAAGUAAUAUUUCUACUGCCCCUUUACUAAUACAUGCGUGCAUGGGUUUAAACGAUCGUUGAUCGGUAUUAAUAACUCAAUAAUUGCUUCACGUUGUGCUGAGAGCUCAGGCUUUUAAAUUUUAAUUCAAAUACUGCAAACAAUGGACUAGGACAGAGAAAUACGUGACAUAACGUGUUUCCAUCUCAGCCCCGCCCACUGCAGAAGAGCACAGACAAAAAUAAAUAAUUAUCCAAUGACAUUCAGAAAACAUGUUUUCAGGGUCUUUAAUGCUCCUUUAGAACUAUGAGAAAACUACACUAGUUACAACUUAAAGUUUACCAGAACUUCACCAAUAUUUCUUUCCCACAGAAGGAGUUGGUGUAUUGUUUUAGUGACUCAUGAUGUGCUAUACCGUGAGCUACAUUUACAUUGACAGCUACAUAUGUAAAUGGAAGCUGUGUAGGAACCGUGUAUGCUGCAGCAGAUGCUUCUUUUAUCCGAAAUAACACCGGUGUGUGUGUGUGAGAUCAACAAAGCACAUUGUUGAACGCACGUCCCUCUGAGUGUGUUGUUAAGGGAUUUAAUCCUGUAGCGCUCAUUCUUAUUGUGUACUUCACUUUUUCUCUUUUUACACUGCUCACACUGAGAAAGGUUUGAGGUUGACAGACACACACACACACACAAUGUUGGAGGGUCAGAGUGCUGUACCGCCCCCAGCAGGCGACGUGAAGAACUGUUUGCUACUAUGCUGAUAUCAGUUCUAUUGUUGUAUUAUUGUAUCAUCUUAAUAACCACAUGUAACUCUCUUGUGUUACCAUUGUACUUAAUCUGCUUUCAAUGUUUUUAUCCUACUUUGCACAUAACAGAUCUUAUCGGAGGUUUUAAUGUCGGGCUCAAUUUAGGAGUCCGUUUGGCUGAAACUGGACAUAUCGUUUUAUCUCUCUCUCUGUCACACACACACAUACACACAUUCAUGCUUUCGUGCCUUGUCCUGCUGCUGGAGGUAUCUCGCCUACAAGCUGCUCCAUCGGCAAUACACACACACACACACACACGCGCCUGUUACCUUUGCAUUUUUUUUAGUCACACACACUCGCAUGUCUUUUGGCUGAGAGCUGUGCCUUCUGAGCUUCACACACACACACACACUCUGCCUUCUGCUCGGGAACAGACGCCUCCCGCUCUUCACUUCUCACUGCUUUGUCACAUUGUUUUCUACCGAUCGCUGGAGGCGAAAGGAGAGGAUGUAAACCGGCGAUGCAGUGUGACUCGCUGUGAAUUCAUAUUAGGACAUUUGCUACUUUUUUGAGCAUCGAGUGUAUAUACUUUUGAGGCAUUUCUGCUUUUCUAGAUAACAUUUAGUGAAAAAUGGCAGACAGAGAGGGUCAUCCGCUGGAUUCAAUCCCUCAAAAUUGCAGGUACACGUCCUAUUGCUGGUGUUUGUUUUCAACGACACAGGGACUGUAGAACAGAUGGCGAGGACGACAAAGCGUCUGAAGGCUUAGACAUAUCAGUGUACCACUGCUUCCCUGUUAUCUUGGAGUUGUCCACCACUGUGGUCCUGUGUUAUUGAUGUUUGUUUCCCAAGAUGCUCCUUCCAACUUCAAAAGGAAUGUGUAAAAUGUUUUGGAGAUAACUCGGCUCUCUGGCAGCAUUCCUGUCACAUUCUUGCAGCCUGCAGUGGGUAGAACAGUCUUAACGGAGUCGGGCCGUGUUCAAGCACAGCAACCGUUAUCAGCAUCCUUGAUUUCUUACACGAGAACAUUGUGAUCAGGUGAGCAGGGUGAUCCCUCUCUGCUGGCCUAAAUACGAGUGGAGGUUUUACAGUACACGACACAGAUCUCGCCUGACAGUGUUCCCUGUAUAUAACCUGAAGUAGGUCUGUUCUCCUGUCGCUGACCCAAUAAACUGAUUUCUCUGUGUCCUCUGGAGUUGAUCCUGAAAAGAAUUGGAAGCAGCGCCAGUUUUCAGGUGGCUGGUGGUUUUCAAGAACAGCAAUCAAGAAAUAAAGAGCUGCAUCGGUUGAGAGCAUUUUUUGGGAAACGUGGUCCUUGAUUGUGACGGUCGGAUGUCCAGGGAGCAGCAUGUUUUCUCAGGUGCAAUCUGAAUGCAGGGGGCUUUGUUCUCUCGCAACACUGACGGAAACGAGUCAAAUAAAAGCUGACUGGAGUGUUAUGUUUCUGCCACAACUUAAGCUGGACCGAUUUUCUUUUAAGCGUUGUGUUAUUUUUCUUAUUUUUGGAAUUCCAGGCCAGACUCUUGCAAAAACCUCCCCAGACUAAAACCACCUUUGUUCUACUCUGCUGUCAGUGGAAUCCAGGUUCCUUUCACAUCCAGGACUAUUUUUACACCGUUUUGUCUCUCACACUAUGCUGUGACUCACAUUUCAGAAAAGCCACAAACCCCAUUUAUUGAUUGCUUGUACGGCUGCACAAAGUGGCAGACACAAACCACUGGAGUUUACUGCAAUUAACAUGUUCUUUAAUAGAAAGGGAGGCACAUUAAAGUCAUUCAAUUCAUCUUUUUAUUGGCUAAUUGAAGACACUGUCUGAAAGCACACCUGCUCAGCUCAGAAAAAGUGGACACUGAUGUUUUCUGACAGCUAGCAUGCUAGUCUGUACAGAUGUAUCACAGUCACAGUUUCCCUCCAAAUUAUAUUCAUGUUACACACAAAUUGGGUUGUUUUUCUAGCCGACUUUAUGACUCAGCAACAUAUUAAUCAGAACCUCUUUAUUGAGCUAGAGUUAACGCAAAUCAGAAAAUUGGAUCAAUUUGCGGUUGUCUGGCAGGGGAGGAACAGACCAGACAGUGUCUCGAGUUGUUACAAAAGACAAUAUCUGUGCUAGAGAAAAGAUAACCACAGCUCUUAUGGCUGGAAUUCUUUUUUUAUUAAAGUCUCAAGGCUGCACCUUGGCACAUGUGACAGGACAGGGAGCCAAAUCUGAGUGGCUUGCUGAAUCAUUUUUUGUUUUUUUUAUUAGGCAGCCCACAAAAAAACCUGAAAAAGUGUCCCCUUUAAUAUAGGUCAGUUCUGUUCUCGGGUAAUUGAGAAUAGCUUCCUCCAGCAGUAGCAUACAUUUGACUGACUGUUAGAGAGCUUAAAGGAACAAACGCAUCCUGAUCAGGAUGACUGCCGGUCCAGGCGGCUGUUGGCAUCGUGACGUUGCCAGCAUGCUGUGCUGUUUGAGGCUGAGGUGAGGACAGCCGCAGGCAGCUCCUUCCUCAUCAGUUCACUGGUGUGCAUUGAUCAAGAACAGCUCUUUAGCAGCAGUCACUGUGCUUCAGACUGCACAUAUCAUACUGUCGCUGUGGAUCGUUACGCUAACGACUCUCACCUCUGUCAGCUAUUGUGCUCGUACUCUCAAUCCAGUAAAGCGUAUCAAGUAGGAGUAAAAGCUGUUUAGUGAAUACAUCUUAGCAGAUACUGUAGGAGGGAAGUCGUCCAGGGAUCUAGAAAGGUUGUUGUCUCAGUUGAGAUGGGUGAAAUCGUUUCAUAUCGGUGGUUUUCCUGCUGUCUGGAUCUGUCAUCUAGUUCAAGCUUCAAUGUCUCAUUCGUCAGUAGGACUACCUUUUGGACUAGGUAGUACACCACACGUGUAUUUACUACAUUGACACAUCCGUAUGAUAUGUGAUCCAACUCUUUGUAUCUUAUGCUAUUGUACAAAUAAAAGCUUCAUGAAA